AACGGGUCGGCUCCGUGUUUACGUUGAGAUGCUCACAACAAAGGACAGCGCACCGCGGAGAGGCUGUCAUUUAAAAUAAAGAGAAAGCACCGUGGAUAUUUUCUCUUACGGUGAGCGUCUGCAACUCACGACUCCUGGAAGGGGAGAGCAAAUACCAAAAAACCCUAAUCUGCUUCCAUUUUAUUUAUUUUUCCUACGUGAUACGCUUUAUUUUUUAUUAUUAUUAUUUUAUUUUUUAAGCAGCUAAGACGCGGAGAAAUUAGGACGAAAUCUUCUGCCGUUUUUUUCUAUGUUUUUGUUUUUUCCUUCUGAGCCGGUGGGACGAUAGCUAGCUCCUUAGCCUCUGCAAGUUGGUGGGAAGGCUAAGCAGCUGAGACCGACCGCAGGCUCGGGACAAUAAGAGGACCUCAUCAUUUAUAUCGCAUGUAGAACAAGUGGAGCUACAAGAGACGGACCUAUGAAGCAUGACAGGGUGGAGCUGAGGCUCAGCUGACCCUUCCCCUUCCUUCUUCUCCUUAUUCUCCCCAGUGCUCCAUCCGAUCAGCACCAACCCCCUCCCUUCCCCUCGUUGCCCCUUUCUUCCUCCCGUGACCCCGUUGCAUCUCACCCAUCGUUCCUUGCCUCCAAUUCCUCCAGACCUCAAUCAACCGUGCCCAAUGUACUCCCCGGAGCAGGAAAACAUCUCCACCACCGCCUCCACCAAAGUGCCAGUGAAGUAUGGAGAGCUCAUUGUGCUAGGAUACAAUGGCUCUCUGCCCAACGGGGAUCGGGGGCGACGUAAAAGCCGCUUUGCACUUUGCAAGAGGCCGAAGGCAAACGGGGUGAAGCCCAGCACAGUUCACGUCGCCUGCUCUCCACAAGCAGCCAAGGCCAUAAGCAACAAAGACCAGCACAGCAUCUCUUACACUCUGUCUCGAGCCCAGACGGUGGUGGUGGAGUACACCCACGACAGCAAUACAGACAUGUUCCAGAUCGGUCGAUCCACAGAGAGUCCAAUAGACUUUGUAGUGACGGACACAGUGGCAGGCAGCCAGAGUAACGCAGACACUCAGUCGGUCCAAAGCACCAUCUCCCGCUUCGCCUGCCGCAUUAUGUGCCAGCGCACGCCGCCUUACACAGCGCGCAUUUACGCCGCAGGCUUCGACUCUUCCAAGAGCAUCUUCCUCGGGGAGAAAGCUGCUAAGUGGAAGACAUCUGAUGGUCAGAUGGACGGGUUGACCACCAACGGCGUGCUGGUGAUGCACCCUCGCAACGGCUUCAGCCAGGACUCCAAACCAGGCGUCUGGAGGGAGAUCUCAGUCUGCGGCAACGUCUUCACCCUGCGAGAAACGCGCUCAGCACAGCAGCGGGGAAAGAUGGUGGAGACGGAGAGUCAGGAGCUCGUUGACGGCUCCCUUAUCGACCUCUGCGGCGCCACCCUGUUGUGGCGCACUGCUGAAGGCCUGGCCCGCACUCCCACCCUGAAACACCUGGAGGCGCUGCGGCAGGAGAUCAACGCGGCCCGCCCACAGUGUCCCGUGGGCUUCAACACGCUGGCCUUUCCCUCAAUGCGUCGCAAAGACACACCUGACGAGAAGCAGCCCUGGGUCUACCUCCAGUGCGGUCACGUGCACGGCUACCACAACUGGGGCAACCACCGCGAGGAGAGGGAGGGCCGGGAGGGCCGCCUUAGGGAGUGUCCAAUGUGCAGAACCAAAGGGCCGUACGUGGCGCUGUGGCUGGGCUGCGAGGCGGGCUUUUACGUGGACGCGGCCCCGCCCACUCACGCCUUCAACCCCUGCGGUCACGUUUGUUCAGAGAAGACUGCGGCCUUCUGGAGUCAGAUCCCGCUUCCUCACGGCACACACACCUUCCACGCUGCCUGCCCCUUCUGCGCCCAGCAGCUAAGCGGCGAGCAGGGCUAUGUCAGACUCAUCUUCCAGGGACCCCUCGACUAACGGCGGGAACUUCCCAGCAUUCUUUGGAGGUUUUAUUUGGAUGCUGACCCCGUAUUUAACACGGGGACCUUCCCAGAUCUGUUUUUUUCUGGACUUUUUGUCUCUCUCUCAUUUUUAAGUGACCUUUGUAUUGCUUUUUCAUGAAUGACGACAAAGAUUUCUAUAUUUUCAUGUGAAACCAGAGACAAAAAAACCAAACAAAGAACACUGCUGGGUCAAACCUUUUUUGCGUUUGUUUCUUGGAAAGGACUUUCAACAGUAUUUAUCUAAAUUACUAACACACCGCUGCGCAAACCUGCGGUUUUAUUCAUGUUUAUUGUUGCAUUAUACAUCUGUGUACAUCUCUUAGAGCUAAUUUAAACAAAGAUGUUUAUUUAUGGCCCUGGAGCAUCGCUUCAUCCUUUAUCUGUCAGAUAACUUCAAUACUAUUAAGCGUUUUAUUUUGAAACUUCAGCAUAUUGUUAACCAGAUAUAAAGUUUUAGGUGUGUUCUGAGGGUUUUGUUCUGUCUCUCUCUGCCUUGUUCACCACUCAGAUCUGUCAUAUUUAUACACCCCGUCCGCUCACGUCGUGUGUUUAAACCCUUCAGUUAUUCUUCUAUCUCAUUAGCCAUCACCACAGCCUUUUCCCUUGCAAAGCAAUAGAUCUGGAACUGAAACCUCCUAAAGCAUUAUGGGAAACCGAGUCUUCUAGGCAUCUUUGCAAAUGGCCUGAAUGACUGCUCCCUCCCUUUAAAGUGAAAUAUCUUUGUGGGUAAGUGAGUGAAUCUCUACGCAGCCAUGUAGCUAAUGUUAUACUUUACACAAACACACACACACCUGCAGACACACACGCUAACCAGACCAGAGGGGUGCACUGCAAACCCAGAUUAGUGGAUCAGCGAGGUAUCUUUAUCCUCAAGCAGACUUUAAGUCACAAAGAUGGCUUUCUGUUAACCAUGUCUAGAUCACAUGGUACGUUCCGCUGGUGACAUAAUCGGCUCCAGACUACGUUAGGUGUAAUGUUUUGAAGGAAGGAGUACCUUUUAAUAAAACUGGUGAAGGAAGACGUGCAAAAUGCGUUGCAUUGUCAUUGGGAGUUCUUGCAUUCAGCUGGUGAUGCAGGACAUGUAUAAAUAGUAAUUUUAUGCUUGACCUGAAAGCAUAUAGGGGGCAUAUAUGACCUGAAACCAGCAACUGAGCCCAUUAAGGUAUCAGGAAAGUGUUGACUUCAAUACAACCAGAAAGUGUUCUUGUAAACAGAGGAGUCGCCCCCUGCUGGCUACCAAAAUGAAUGCAGGCAUACGGUUUUCAGCCAUCUUUUACAGUGAAUAUGGUUAGAAGUGAAUGCACUGGGCAGACUAUAUUAUUGAAGAAAGCCUGGCGGCCACAUUGACCUUGCUUGUCAGCACACCCCUCUGGUCAGAUGCUUUUCAUGUGUGGACAGUGUCUGGUUUAUUCUGUGUGAUAACUGGGAUGUCUGAGGCACACCUGCACAGUCAAAGCAAGAUCACUACUGUGCCAGAUGCAGUACGGUUUUCUGAUCGGUGUUAGUAUUGAGCUCCGAAUGUAUUAGACGUCCUUUUGACAGCAUUGCACUUACGCCAGUAUUUUAAAAUCCUUUUCUUGUCACGUGCCCUACUGGAGGCUGGAAAAUAUCUACGCACUAUUUGUUCAGCUACACCUAAAAGUAUGCAAACCGAGGCAGUUGAAGUCAUUUCAGCAGGUUUCUCCUCCUCUCGUGUGAAUCGUCACAGUGCAGGAAGUCCCAUCUGUCUUACGCAUCGAGCGAGCAACAAAAAGCAGGAGAUACAAACACAUCUGCUGUGGUUUGACUCAGGUUUGACACAAACACACACACACGCACGGCUUUAAGCUUAACAAUUCUCUUUAUGCACGCGUGUGCGCUCAUUAGGGCUUCGUGUUAACUUGUGCUUUCCAAACAAGGUCGAGCUUCUGAUAUCAGGGCUGCUCUUAGUUAUAUUUUAUGUUGAUUAAAAACAAGAAUGAAAGCUGUUAGGCUUCAUUUAUUAACUUUAUAGUUAAUAAAUAAGUUUAUAGUUAAUAUAGUAACUUGGAGAGCUAUUAUAUAUACAUUUCUUUCAAUAUAGUGCUGAGUCAUUUUAAGCCUUUAUGAGAGAAAAUAGAAGAGUAGAGCAUAAAGUGUGAGACAUGAAAGGCCUCGUUUUGUAGUUUGUUUCCAAUGUAGAGCUCUGAUUUAAAUAUAAUAUAUUAUUCGAUAACCUUUUACUACAUAUGAUGAAAACUGUCUUCCACUGAUGCUUUUACUUUAAAUAAGGACCUAAACAACCAACUGCAGUCUAUUAUCUUUAUAUUUAAACCACAUAAAUGCUUAAAUCUGUAAACACCUUACGCCCUGGAGUUUCUUUAAUGGGACUUAAUCUGAGGAAAGAUUUCUGUUGGACGUUUUUCUCUGCUGACAUCUUAGCUUCAGGAUGGGCGAGUUAGUCAGACUCAAGACAACCAGGUUUGAGUUAAACACAGUGGAAAAACCGCACAAUGAUGCCUCUUUAUUUUUAUUAAUUUUGUAUUGAUUCAUUGGAAGCGGAUAACAAACUGCUUCAGAACUUAUCAUAGAAACUAAAUAUGAACAAUAACUGCAUGUUCAAACUAAGUGUAGAGCUUUUUAAGGAGAGAUUUGUUUCAGCUCCAGUGCACGGGUUAGUUAUGUAUGAUUAGUUAUUUAAUAUCUGCUCGCCAACCCAUCUGAUAGUCCUUUGACUGAAGAGUAAAUGAGGUUUAAACGUGACCUUAAACUUGAGAUUCGAUUCCUCUAAUAACAUCAGACUUGCACUAAACCACAAAUAUUUUUCAUUUUUCUUGUCUAAACUUUUCUUUUUAAAAGUCGCAGCACUACAGAUGCUCCAGAUUAGAUUCUCUUAAAGUAGCUUUGCAUGAGUCACAGUUCAAAAUAAUCCUUAUCUUUUACUGUGCCUUGGUUCCUCCCAUCAGUUCAUCCUCUGCAUGAAACAAGCAGUUUUAUCCUUUUUUUUUUUAUUUAAGCUAACUUUCUUCUGAUUGGCUAUGCAAACAACAGUCUUGAGCUCCAGGUGGGUGGGGCUGGUGGGAUGUCAGCUCUGAAUGACAUCAUACAGAGCUAAAAGUCGGAGGGGGAAAAAAAUUCUGAAACUAGUUUGAAGCUCUGCCUUGAAAACAACGAAAAGCAGAGAUGCAAAAUAACCGAAUCCAACUCCAUCUGCUGAGGAAGACUGUGUGCUAUGAUCAAAAGCUCAGGAUGAGCUACUACAGAUCAUUUAUCAGAUGCUGUUUGAAAAGUUAAUGCUGACCUUAGAGAUCACUGUCCUGAUAUUUGGAGCUUUAUGUGAAAGCACAGAUUCUCCUGCUGCACAUAUCUGUAACAUCACUGCUGUUCGCCCACUUCACUCGAAUGAGACACACACUCAAACUGUAGAAACCUCCAGAAAAUGAAGCAGCUUUACUAACCAGUCACUUCCAAACUGUUCACACAGCCUCAGGUCUGCGUGAACACACUCGUAUCUGCAGGUAAAAGUAGUGCAUGUGAGUGAGAAGCUGUAAUUUAUACGUUCGUGUUGAUUGUAUGUGUGCAGUUUGUAUGUGUGUUCAUGUGUCCACACAUUAAGUAGCUCUCCAGAUAAUGUCCAUCAGUAUCCUCAGAGUGCAACACACCAACUCACCUCAGGGAGAAAAUACAAAUAUGAAUCACACACACACACACACACAAACACGCACACACACGGCUAAGGUCUACUGAGGAUACCUCACGAGUUAGAAGUCAAAUCUGGAUUCAGAUGUGUGUCCUGCUUCUCUAACCCAGUCUUCUUUCAUGGAUUAAGUGUGUGAUUUUUAAGGGCUUCCCUCCGUCUCUGUACUGUUUCUCUACACGAACACAGGCCUGACCCCGCCCCCGCCCUCCACUCGCUCUUCCUCCUCCCCUGUUCGGAGUGUAUUUGUGCUUGUGAAAGGCGAAAGCAAUGAAUGUUUCCAGCAAACACUUUUUUGUAAAUGACUUUAAACAAUAAAGUGUAAAAGUGA